AUGCUUGGUGAUUUUUAUGAUGAUGGAGAAUGGGUUAAUAAUUGCCCUAGUUGCAAUGAAGUAUACAUAACAGGAAAAGGAGUAGCUUGUUUAAUUUCUUGUUCAGAUAAGCAAUUAGAAAAAGAACACGAAAGGGUGAUUCGAAAAAUCAAAAGAGAAUUUUUUGACACUGUUGCUCAUGAAGCAGCUCAUCUUAUUGCUUAUGAAAUAAAGUUUAGCCAAGAAGAAAGAAAAAUCAUAGAAAAAUAUUAUGACCUAAAAAAUAAAGGCGAACUUUCUUCCAUUUAUUCUAUUAAAGAAAAGGACUAUUAUUCUCUUUAUAAAAAAAAAAAGGAAAAAAGGGUCAUUGAAAAGUUCCUUGAUAUUUCAGAAUAUGUGAACUGUUUUAACGAAUUGCUAAAUUCCUCGUAUGCCAAAUAUGCUUAUGGCAAUACUGAGCCUCGCAAGUAUGAAGAAAUAAUUGAAGAUAUUGAAAAUGCUGAAUGA